AUGUCCUCUAAGUUGUCUUCUUCUGCUCCAUCUUUCAUAUCCAUUGUGGAAUCAUAUACAUUUUCAGUUGGAGAGACAGUUGGAAACAAACAACUCCCACAUCGCGUGCAUUCUCAAGUUAGCUAACUCCCAUAGAUUGAUACAAAAAUUUUAAUUGAUGGGGCUAUUGCUCUCAAGGGCCUUGGAGGAGUUCUUUUCAUAUUUGGCAGCUCUUUUGGAGCUCUCCUUCUGCUCCUGCAUCACCUUAUUACUACUCCUAUCCACUAUGAUUUUUACAAUUAUGAGAGCGAGGACAAAGAAUUUACUCAACUUUUCAUCAAAUUUACACAGAAUAUGGCUCUCUUUGGUGCUUUGUUGUUUUUCAUCGGCAUGAAGAACUCCAUCCCUAAAAGGUAA